AUGGGCACCAGAGGGGAAUUGUUUUCGGCAGCUGCUGCAUUUUUUAUCACCUACGAAUAUGUGAAAUGGCUUUUGCAUACAGAUUCAUCUUCAUAUUUGAUGCCUGUGAAGCAUAUGUUGGCUGCCUCUGCUGGAGAAGUGGUUGCCUGCCUGAUUCGAGUUCCAUCUGAAGUGGUUAAGCAGAGGGCACAGGUAUCUGCUUCUUCAAGAACAUUUCAGAUUUUCUCUAACAUCUUAUGUGAAGAGGGCAUCCAAGGGUUGUAUCGAGGCUACAAAAGCACAGUUUUAAGAGAGAUUCCUUUCUCUUUGGUCCAGUUUCCCUUAUGGGAGUCCUUAAAGGCCCUCUGGUCCUGGAGGCAGGAUCAUGUGGUGGAUUCUUGGCAGUCAGCAGUCUGUGGAGCUUUUGCAGGUGGAUUUGCAGCUGCAGUGACCACGCCUUUGGAUGUGGCAAAGACAAGAAUCAUGUUGGCAAAGGCCGGUUCCAGCAACGCUAGUGGGAACGUGCUCUCUGCCCUGCACGGCGUCUGGCGGUCCCAGGGGCUGACAGGGUUAUUUGCAGGUGUCUUCCCUCGCAUGGCAGCCAUCAGUCUGGGCGGCUUCAUCUUCCUGGGGGCUUACGACCGGACGCGCAGCUUUCUGUUGGAAGUUGGCAAAAAGAGUCCUUGAAGCAGAGACCGUCUCACACUCGCUUUCAGGAAAGGGCGCUGCUGGAGAACCCUCCUGCAGAGCAGCUGUUUGGCCAUCUGAGCUGCAAGACUCAGCACUCAUGUCCGAUUCUGCCCAGAUGACAGCACUGAGCAUGUGCUGUGUGUGGUGCAUGGUGGCUGGGAUGAAGUCAAGAGAAGAAACUACAUCCGUGGCGGUACUUUGAACAGUUUUCUCAGAACCCCUUAAUAAAUAAGUUUGGU